AGAGAGAGAGAGAGAGAGAGGAUCGUCAGCCGACACCGGGCGCGUCCCGCUCCACAUGCCGAGACACGGACUCCAAACGCCCUCCGCAUUGAUGCAUCCUUGAAACCGCCUCCGAGAGCGGAUCUCCAGCUUGGAGGACAUUGCGCUCUUCCUGCGCGACUCGACAAUCGGACCACACGCACUUUUUCCAUGUGAUCGUGCCGAGUUCGUACCUGGCUGGUGCCGAUCCACAACUUGAUCGAACCCCCCCCCCCCCGCGCGACCGGACCGCAUCCCCCGUCGCUUCUCUCUCUAAAUAAGACCGAGGAGAUCGUGACCCCACCCCAUCAUCGCGCUCCUUUCCCCUCUUUCACCGAACCUUUCUGCUGCGUGGACCGGGCUCCCACCAUGGUGGCCUGGCGGCCCGCGCGGACCCUUUGCUGAGGAGCGCCUCGAGGACCAUGGACCCGCGUGCGUCCGCCUACUCGUCUGCCUGCGCGAGGACCGCCGCUCCAGCGACGUCAUAAAUGGAUGAGGACACGGACACUCGCAAAAUCAACAGCAGCUUCCUCCGCGACCACAACUAUGCAACUGAAGCUGACAUCAUCUCCACCGUUGAGUUCAACGCGACGGGGGAGCUCUUGGCCACGGGGGACAAGGGUGGACGCGUGGUGGUCUUCCAGAGAGAGCAGGAAAGCAAGAACCAGCCCCACAGAAGAGGGGAGUACAACGUUUACAGCACCUUUCAGAGUCAUGAGCCGGAGUUUGACUACCUGAAGAGCCUCGAGAUCGAGGAGAAGAUCAACAAGAUCCGCUGGCUGCCGCAGCAGAAUGCCGCCUACUUUCUGCUCUCCACCAACGAUAAAACAGUGAAGCUAUGGAAGAUCAGUGAGAGAGACAAGAGGCCCGAGGGCUACAACCUCAAGGAUGAAGACGGCAGGAUCCGCGACCCAACCACCAUCACAGCUCUGCGGGUUCCGGUGUUGCGGCCCAUGGACCUCAUGGUGGAGGCCACAGCCCGCCGGAUCUUUGCCAAUGGCCACACCUACCACAUCAAUUCCAUCUCUGUCAACAGCGACUAUGAGACAUACAUGUCAACAGACGAUCUAAGAAUAAACCUCUGGAAUCUUGAGAUUACCAACAGGAGCUUCAAUAUUGUAGACAUCAAGCCGGCCAACAUGGAAGAUCUCACAGAGGUGAUCACUGCAGCAGAGUUCCACCCCAGCCACUGCAAUACUUUUGUCUACAGCAGCAGCAAGGGCUCCGUUCGGCUGUGUGACAUGAGGGCAUCGGCUCUCUGCGACAACCACUGCAAGUUCUUCGAAGAGCCAGAGGACCCCAACAACCGCUCCUUCUUUUCUGAGAUCAUCUCCUCCAUCUCUGAUGUAAAGUUCAGCCACAAUGGGAGGUACCUGAUGACACGGGACUACCUAACUGUGAAAGUGUGGGACCUCAACAUGGAAAAUAAACCCUUGGAAACAUACCAGGUCCAUGACUAUCUAAGGAGCAAGUUGUGUUCCCUUUAUGAAAACGACUGCAUCUUUGACAAGUUUGAAUGUGUAUGGAAUGGAUCCGACAGUGUGAUCAUGACCGGCUCCUACAACAACUUCUUCCGCAUGUUUGACCGUAACACGAAGCGGGAUGUGACUCUUGAGGCCUCGCGGGAGAACAGCAAACCCCGGGCAAUUCUAAAACCGCGCAAGGUAUGCGUGGGCGGCAAGAGGCGCAAGGACGAGAUCAGCGUGGACAGCCUGGAUUUCAGCAAGAAGAUCCUUCACACGGCCUGGCACCCUUCCGAGAACAUAAUUGCUGUGGCAGCCACCAACAACCUGUACAUAUUCCAGGACAAGGUCAACUAGCACUGUGCCCUACGUUACCCCAGAGCUUGUGUGAGCUUGGCGCUUACCUGAACAUGCCCCCUCCUUUGUCCUUACAAUGCCUGAAUUUGAUGCUGUUGGGCCUGUUGGAUAUGCUCAACAGUGCAAGGGAGUUUGUUUUCCACUGGCUGAAGAGGAGAUAGUAUGAGUUUCCAAAACAAAACAAAAAACUGGGCUGACUAGUUUACUUACUGAGACUGUAGUUUCCUCAUGAUGAUGUCAAAUGAUGCCAGAAGCUGGUGUCAUCCUGCACAACCUACAUCCUUUUACUUUCUGUAAAUUGUUCUAUUUGUUCAAUUGCACAAAGCUGUGUACUUCAUUAAUGACAGAAGCUGGAUCAUGCUGGAGGGAAGAAUACAUGUCAAAAUGUAGCAAUCUGUUUUUGAUUUUCUAAAGAAUGUUCGAAUUAACAAUGAAAAUAAAAAUUAAAACAUUCACAACAGUACCUUUUACUUACUUCUCCAGAAAUUAUAUGUACAAAGCAGACCUGAAUUCUCACUCGUGUCCUCAGUUCCUAUCAGCUAUCUCUCAUACACCACUUACCUUUACAAUCAGAACGGGCCGAGUCCUGGCCCGUGAAGCAACACCAGGUGAUCACACUAGACUGUGAAUUAAAUUUAAAAGCAACCCAAAAGAUUUCUGUUCAGCUGUUUGGUUUUUACUUAACGUGUUCUGGACAUGGUAUUUGCAUCACGUAGCACUAAUGAUCUUGAUGCUCUGAACUCUGCUGUGUUUAGCAUAAGCUACCAAACCCUCACAAGUAAAUUUAAUUUUACCCCAGUGAUUCAAGAGGACCGACUGGCUUGCUAAGCUGUCUGCCAUAAAUC